CGUAGUUAGUCCGGAACUGGACAAAUUUUUAAAUUUUAUCAGAUAUUUUGUAGAAAAUGUGCAAAAACGUUAUGUUGUUUUAAUGGUAAGUUAUCAUUGGUCUUGAAAUCCGCAAUCAAACAAAGAAUAUGGACAAAGUACACUUAUCCGAAAACCCAAUUUCCGUGGAAGUGAACGAAUCGUUUGAACAACCUUCCUCCGAAGAUGACUUUGAUCUAUUUAUGUGCAUUUGGGAACUGAGCCUUAGCCUUGGUAACUUCAACUACAAUGUGGCCAAGUCAGUGGAGUUCACAAAAGAACACAAUACGCCUGCGAGCGACUCAUUCGAACUGAUUUUGCUCAAUAAUUUGAGGAUACAAUUCGAACAACUGCAGAAGGAAACGGAUCCCGAGGAAUGGACUCUGCACGAUGCACGGGAAGCUCUUUUUAUGCGCCUGUACAAGGAACUGUUGGACCUAGAGUCGGAUGAGGAACUGCGCAAUGGGUACCUGAAGAUCUGCCAUGAACUCUUUGAUUCUGGCCACCCAAAAAUUGAGGGGCGGGAAAAGUCCCACAGUUGUCGAGUGGAACUCAUCGAUCGUUUGUAUGCCCAGGCUCAAAACAUAUUGCAUUGUCUGGUUGGAAAAUCAAACUCAACUUCAAGUGUCGACGUAAAAUCCUCUGACUCCCAUAUUAUUAUGUAUCUGGAGAGUUUAACGUUUAAAAACCAGGCCCAAUUAGAAAGCAUUCCAAAGAAGGACGACAUCACUUAUCCAGUAAAAGAAUUGAGGCCUGAGAAAAGCAUUGCUAAAACCAAUUUAGAGUCCAACAGAGUGAGUUUCGAAAUGAAAAUAGAAGGUAUUCAAUUAAUUGAGGGUGAAAAGGAAAUGAUUAAUUGCCACUCAAGGGGCUUUAAAUUUGAAAUGGGCAUCUCUGUGUUUACUACUCAAAAUAUUAUUUCACCGUAUUUGGUUUUCGGUUUGCCUGUUGAAUUGGCUGCUAAACCAAAAUCGUAUAAUAAUCUUUUGGAAAAAUAUAGUUAUACUCUUAAUGCUACAGAAAAAGAUUUGAUGGAAAUUUCAACUCGCGAUGAUAAUUAUUCCAAUGAUUUCAAUGAUAUUUCCGCUUUGAAUACAUUUGAUAUUUCGAAUAUAUUUGAUGAUCAUGCAAACGUUUCCGCAAAUAUAAGUAAUCAAAGAAGAACGUUUGAUUUGUUUGAUAAAUAUGUAGAUCCAGAUAAGAGGGAAGUAAAGGAUAUAAUUCCGGCGAUAAUUGAGGAAGCUGCUACUCCAAAUAAUUCUGAGAGUACUUUAAAAGCUGCUGCAGACGAUUUCGUCGAUGUUCCUGCUAUUGAUUUGGAUUUUCUUUGUGAGGAAAAAACUUGUGACGGUAACAAUGUUUACGAAGAAUCUGAAGCGAGUGUGGCCGUUAAUUGGGAUCAUACAGAGAGUCCAACAGAUGCGUGUAUAAGCAGUCCCGUAAGUUUCAAUAUUUCUGAAAGACGUUCAGAAAAAUGUUUAUUUGAAGAUGCAUUUAAAAUUCCCAUUAGUGAUAGUUCUUGUAUUUCGAAUACGCCAUCUGAAAAUAUUUUCAAAGAACAUUCUCAUAGCAAUUUGGAAAAAAUAAAAGAGGUAUUUUUACAAUACAAAAGCAAAUUAGACGCGAUAGCUGAAUUAGAAAAAAAAUCCUUUGCAAAAUUGCCUCUUACAGAAGAAAGCCCGAUACUUGAUGUUGGUAAUAUAAAUGAAAACUCGCUGGAAACAGAUUCAAGACUUCAAAAGACAUUGAAAGAAGUAGAUUUCUCAGAGGACGAAAUAAUGACUCAACUGCGACAAACUGUAAGUAAAAUAAAGCUAAAUGUUUUAAAUGAAGUUGACAAGUCCCUGAAAUUGACUCUGUAUAAACCAUCUGAUGUUCUAUUAAGGAAAUCGUCUUCGGAAAAAGUUAAGAUCGUGCCAAAAAACUAUGGACGGGAUUCCAAAUUUACUGAUGGGUUGCGCAUAAAUUCUCCUGGAAAAUUUUCCCCAAGAAAUUAUGUUUUCAGGGAUUCCCCAAAAAAGAAAACAAUAAAGUCUGGCAAUAAAAAGUAUGAUCAGGAAAAGCUUUUACCGAAAGAUAGGGAUGAAAUAAGUAAAAAGGCUGUUGAAAAGGAAUCCCUGAAAACGAUUGAAAAUAAAUGUGAAGAAACGAAAGAUUUAAAGGCAAAUUCACAUAAAUUAGGCAUUGAUAUAUCUGAAAAUUGCUGUAUGAAAAAAAAAUCAACUGAUUUUAAUGCUGAGCUGGACGAACAGAAAAUGUUUUCACCGAUGUUAAGUCAAAUUUCAAAAACGGUUAGCAAAGUUAAGCUGCACAUUUUGAAAGAGGUUGAUAAGUCCUUAUCCGAGGUGGCAGGAAAAAAUAAUGGCGCUAAAGAGAUUUUUUCGGAGAAAAUAACCUGUAAGGAUGAAGUUAAAAGUGAUGUUAUCAAGGGCCACAGUGAAAAUUUGGAACAGUUAAAGGUACUGAAUCUGAGUAAUGAGUUAAACCCAAAAAAAGUAAUUGAGUUUGGUGCUGAGAGGGACGAUCAUGAAAUGCUUUCACCAAUGUUAAGUCAGAUUUUACGAACGGUAAGUAACAUUAAGCUCAACGUUUUAAAGGAAGUGGAUAAAUCACUAUCGGAAUUGACCCUAAUAAAUGUUUCUAAAGAUUUACUAAGAAAACCAUCUAAAUUAUCGUUCACUGAAGAAUGUGCCAAUUUUGUAAAAAAAAAUGAUGAAUCUGUUCCUGGAGGUUUUAAUUUAAGGGAAAAACCCUAUGAAGAACUAGAUAAAAGCGAUGCUACUGAGGAUUUAAAGGCAUCUUAUGUAAAAACUCUAGCUAAUAAAUGUGACAAAACACGUAACUUGGUAAAUGAUGUGGAUAAGUAUGUUCCUGCGGACAAGAAUUUAUGUCAAGGUGAUGGUAAAAGUGAUGGUACAGAACGUUUAAAGGAAUCUUCUGUAAAAACUAUGUUUAAGGAAUGUGAACUAUGUCAAUAUGUAUAUAAAGGCUUAAAUUUAAGUCUGGGGAACUGCGUUGGCUUAGGUAAUUUGAAGGCACCUUCUGAAAAAUCUCCUUUUAAUAGCGAGCAUAGAUUGUUCAUAAAACCUUUGCCCAAAUGGCAGCAUCAACGCCACAUCAUUGCAGCACCUCGUGCUGUAAUAAAGUCCUUCAAAUCGAACCCCGCCUAUCAAUGGAACCCUCACGAGCCAAAUGCGCCCGAUUUCUAUGAACAAUUGGAUCAGUUUUUUGAGAUCACGGGUCAAACUAUGGAUAUUGACGUGCCCUCGAUCGAAUCACGGGUGAGCCUGAUUUUAAACCAAAUUAGUAAGAAAAUGCCAUGGGACAUAAACUACUCUGAUUGGAUGAAUGCGGUGGGAAAAUGCAAAGUGGAACAACUGCUCACUCGCGACGAGAAAAUGGCCUACGAAUCAUUGCGCUUUCAGUCGAGGGACAAAGGUGAUCAGGAUCUAUCUACGGAGUCUCGAUUCACCGAUGCCCUUCACGGAAUGAUGGGCUAUGAGUCGCCCCAUUUAAAGGUUUCAUCGCUAACUGGCUGGCUGCAAUUGCGAUCGCCUCAUCAUCAGGAGAGUAUCAGUGAGUCCUACCUUCUGCUGACUCUUGGCCACUUGGGCUACCUCUAUCGAUCCUUGGGGGAGCAACUGGUAGUACUUGGCCAACAGGGAGAAACUGCUGCUGCUCUCCGAGUAUGUCUGCAGAAGGAGCUCCAGAAUUUCCAACAAUUCUACGAAUUAAGGAAACAAGAACCGAGCAGCCUGCUUGCUCUGCACUGGAAAACUCGAGGAUACCAGCUGCACUUUCAGUGGCUUUUGGAUGUGCUGCACAGAAUUCAGAGUAAAAAGUCCAUUGUGGUAUUGCUGAACGAGGAAUCACGCCGUAGAAUUGGAUCUCAAAGAAACUUAAUGUUAAAGUGGUUGAAUGUGGCCAGUCAACCACUGAUAACAAAGCUUCAUCACUGGCUUCUUAGCGGACAACUGAGUGCUUCGGAUUGCGAUGAGUUUCCAAUUGAGUGCUGUACAAGAGCGGGCAUAGAUGGUUUCUGGCAGAACCGCUAUAGAGUUCGAAAAUCUUUCUCCACUUUUCUGGACCCUCAGCUUAUCGAAACUCUAAUUAGUGUGGGUAAGACCUUGGCUUACACAAAAAAGUUCUUGGGCCUUAGCUUGGAUAUUUCUCUGAUCAGCAAAGAACUUCUUUACUCAUUGAUAGAUGCAUUUAAUAAAUUCUACCGAUACGGAGAUCAGGAACUACUCUAUAAAAUUGUCCAUAAACUGCACUUCGAAAUAUCUAACGAAGUGCUUACACUUCAGGAAAUAAAACCCAAACCACAGGAUCUCUUUUUUCAGAUUCACAAAUACUCAAUGCUUACCGAUUUAAAAUUUACCAGAAAGUUUUUGGAAGUUUUCGAACCCAUCCUUGAAGAACCAGCGAGCUGCUUUAAUAUCGAACUUUUCAACCAAAUGAAAGAUCAAAUGUGGCACCAGCCGAUUCCAAGUUUCUAUAUAGAUAAGGCUGAAGGCGAUGGAGCCAAGUGUUGGUCACUUCUAGUUCUUCGCUGGAAUUUUCCGAACCACUGGAGAGCUCUUCUCGGCGCGGAUGUUAAGGAUUAUGAUGCGAUCUUUGGCGGCUUGUGGAGAUUUAACUAUGUCAACUACGUGCUCAGCGAAAGGAUAGUUCGGCAGCAGUUGCAUUUUCAAAAUCGCAUAGACCUCAAAUAUUUUGAAGAGCUCGAAGGAACGAACAGGUGUUUUGCCCAUCUGAUGAAUAUUGUUCUGCGAGUGAUGAAAGUUUUAAGGCACUAUUUUCUCAGUGAUGUAUUAGAGCCAGCGUUCGCAAGUCUUUUGUUGGCCUGUAAUAAGGCAAAUAGCCUAGACGAAAUCCUGGAGGCGAAUAGAACCUACCUGAAGACCAUCAAAUUAGGGUCCUUGAAAACCAAAGCUCUACGAAAAUCUAAUCAAUACCUAGAUAAACUCUAUAUUGUCGUACUAAAUCUCGAUCAUCAGCAGCAAAAGUUCCAUAGGCUAACUCAGAUUUUAAUGGACGAUGUGAUGGAAGUUGGUGUCACAAAUUCUAGUUGUUGCAAACGUCGAAUACAGGAGUUUCGAUGGUCCUGUGAAAGCUACACGGAUCUCAUCAAGGAGCUGGAAGACAAAUUUCACUUGACAAUGGUCAACUUUUUGUUUAGCCUGCAUUUAUCAGACGAACCUUCAUUAAGAAUACUGGCCUUAAGGCUGGAUCCCAUAAGCUAUUAUACAUAUAAGGAUGCCAGGUUGGGUCUUGUGCAAACGUUCGAGUUCAAGAGGAAGGCGCGAAAGAGAUGCUCGGAAGACAGCAGCUAACAUUUUUCUAAGUUAUACAUUCUUCUGUAUAUUUUUCUACAAGCAACAAAAUGAGUUAUUUAUAAUUUAAAACAUA